UGUGGGUUCAGACCUGCUGUACCAGCUCUGACUCUGUUAUCAAGGAGUUGUUAGUUAAAAUGGGUGUCUCCGGUCAGUGCGUGGAAGAAAUGGAGAAAAGUAUCAACGUCAUUAAAUCCUUACAUUUGAUUUUUCUUUUCAACUUUAAAACUGAGAUAUUGUUAGGGUGAAAUAUAUCAGUCAUGCACAACUGCAUCUUUUGCACAGUGUCUUCUUGAUGUGUCUUGGGGUUUGUUUUUGUUUUUUUGCAGAGAUCUUCACGGGAUGUGCAGACGAUGGCUUUUUGAUUUUUAUCCAUCUGACUGGAGGAGAUGAAGCCAUGGGACUGACGACCGUGUUGACACUCUGUUCUUUUAUUUCCACUCUGGUCUGAAGUUCUUUUUUAUGGCAUCUCACCAUGUCAGAGAGCAGCUCGAGGAGUGACAGCAUCACUGGGACUUUUCCCGCAGAAGCUCUCAAUGGAUCUAUUUCACUUCCCAACGACAGCAUCUCGACUUGUAGGAACUUCACAUCGGAGCCACGAGUUGUCGUUCUGGGCGUCUUUCUCUGCGUCUUCAUAUUAGUUGCGAUCGUUGGGAACAUUUUAGUGAUCCUCUCUGUGGUGUGCAAUAAACAUUUACAGACAGUCACCAACUUCUUCAUCGUGAACUUAGCCAUCGCAGACCUGCUCCUCAGCAUCAUCGUGCUGCCCUUCUCCGCCUGCCUGGAGGUGAUGGGAUGCUGGGUGUUCGGCCGCGUUUUCUGCAACAUCUGGGCAGCGGUGGAUGUGCUCUGCUGCACCGCGUCCAUCCUCAGUCUCUGCAUCAUUUCCAUCGACAGGUACAUCGGGGUCAAGUACUGCCUCAAAUACCCGAGUAUUAUGACGGAGAGCAAGGCUGUGGCUAUUUUAGUCUUGGUUUGGCUCUCGUCCACUGUCAUCUCGGUGGGACCGCUGCUCGGAUGGAAGGAGCCGCCGCCUGUCGACGAGAGCAUCUGCAAGAUCACGGAGGAGCCUGGCUACGCGCUCUUCUCCUCGCUCUUCUCCUUCUACCUCCCACUCCUGGUCAUCCUCAUCAUGUACUUCCAGGUGUACGUGGUGGCCCGAAGAACAACCAAGAGCCUGGAAGCGGGCGUCAAGCGUGAGAGAGAUAACUCCAUGGAAGUGGUUCUCCGGAUCCACUGCCGCAGUGUCCUGGAGGAGACGCGCACAGCCAGCUCCAAAACCAACAAGAACCACCCGUUCCGAAGUUCGCUGUCUGUGCGUCUACUCAAGUUUUCCAGGGAAAAAAGAGCGGCUAAAACCCUGGCCAUCGUCGUGGGGAUGUUUAUCCUCUGCUGGCUGCCCUUUUUCUUCUUUCUGCCUAUGGGGUCCUUCUUCCCAGCCCUGAAGCCGUCUGAGACAGUGUUUAAGGUGAUCUUCUGGCUGGGCUACUUCAACAGCUGCAUCAACCCUAUGAUUUAUCCCUGCUCCAGUAAAGAGUUUCAGAGAGCUUUCACCCGUCUGCUCAGGUGCCAGUGUCACCACAGGCGGAGGGUACUGCGUCGCUUCUACAAUCAGCGGUGGCGAACGGCCGCCAGGGGAUCGGCGAGGGAUCGGAGAGAAGACCGCCAGCUUGGCGGUGCGGGGAACGAAUCCUGUGGAAGCUCGCUUUUACACAAGGGUCGAGGUCACCCGCUGAAUUUGAAAAAGUGGAGCCUGCUGCAGCCUCUACAGAAGUCCUCCGUCCAGCUGAAGGAGAAGGUGACUGAUUUGUCGAAUAAAUUCAAAGGAGGGGCCGGGAAAUGUGCUGCACCGGCGGUUGGACAGUUCGACCGGGUAGACACAGUGUCAAUGGGGAUUUACCACUCCUGUGAAGCCCACAGCUAUCCAUUUUAUGAUCUCUCUGACUGCUACGGUCUGAAAGAGACUGACAUAUAGACGGUAACUGCACAAUACGUAUUUAUUUCACAAA